AUUUCUCUUAAACACUUUGUUUUUUAUUCUUUAAUAGGUGAAUCAUGUCUAUUAGGAUUUGGUUCUUGAUUCAACAAUUUAUGCUGAGACAGAAUUUGCCUGAAUACAAUCAUAUCCAUUCUGUUCGUAACUUCUACUGUCAUCAUUGCACAACUCAAGUUGCAACUCUCCAUGCUGACACUCAGACUCUACCGACUCUUUCUAGGUUAAGGAUUGCAGUAGUAGAUGACGAGCGAUAUUAUCGAGUAAUAGAUGGCAUGACGGUAGCCGAGAUUUUCUGUGUCCAAUGUAGAAACCCGCUAGGGUGGAAAAUUAUUGCAGUCUCCCAACCGUCUAGUGAUUAUAGCGUAGGAGAAUUUGUUAUGAGAUUGAACACAUUUCUUAGCAAUAACAAUGUCACGUCGUCUGAUUUACUCUUUGGAGGCAAUAAUGAUCAAGAUGGAGAUGCAGAUGAAGAACAGGAUCAUGAUCAAAAUGGAGGCGCUAAUGAGCAAAAUGCUGAACAAGAUGGAGAUACUAAUGAACAAGAUUUAGGCGCUAAUGAGCAAAAUGCUGAUCAAGAUCGAUGGAGACGCUAAUGAGCAAGAUUUAGGCUAUAAUGAGAAAAUAACUGAUCAAGAUGGAAUGGGCAAUAUUUGAUCUAAAUGCAAAUAUUUGAAUCAAGUAUUGAUGAAAAUGCAGAUAGCCCACUCGCGCUGCAGAUUUACGAUAGAGUUGAUAUUAUACGAGUAUUAAUUCAUAACUGUGUGUUCAUUUUACAUGUUUGAGCUCGCUAAUUAGUUUCUAU